CAUAUUUGGGUAAAGUUUCCACAACAGGGAUGCAGUUUUUGUCAGGUUGCACAGAGAAACCAGUCAUUGAGUUGUGGAAGAGCACACGCUUGCCAGAGGACGUCUUCCCAGCUAAUGCCCUUCUGGAAAUCCGCCCCUUCCAAGUUUGGCUUCAUCAUCUGGACCUCAAAGGAGAGGCCACUGUCCACAUGGAUACCUUUCAAGUUGCACGUAUUGCUUACUGCACUGCCGACCACAAUGUCAGCCCAAACAUUUUUGCUUGGGUUUAUCGGGAGAUCAAUGAUGAUUUGUCCUACCAAAUGGACUGCCAUGCCGUAGAGUGCGAGAGCAAGUUAGAGGCCAAGAAGUUGGCUCAUGCCAUGAUGGAGGCCUUUAAGAAGACUUUCCAUAGCAUGAAGAGCGAUGGACGGAUCCACAGGAAUAGCUCAUCUGAAGAAAUGUCUCAAGAAUUGGAAUCUGACGACGGCUGACUUGAACUCAUAAUUGGUUAAGCAAAAGCAGAAAAUGGCCCUGGGAAUAGAAGCAUAUAGAUAAA